AUGCUGGAGACCUACUCGUAUUCAAAUUCCCCACCUGGCAGUGGGUUUGGGGUGUAUGUACACCUCAGGGAGCCAGCAGUGGGCAAGAGAGUGAACAGCUGGCUGCCGCCAGAUAAACAAUUUCUCGUAACGAGGGGCGUGGCUUGUCACAGAAGAGUUCGAGACAUCGAGGCUUCGCUCAAUGCUGAGGCCAGAGAGGAUGCUGAGGGUUGGGUGCUGCCUAUAGACGCAGACCCUGAGGAGCUGCAGAGCGAGCCGGCGGUUUCUUUGGGGGGUUCAACAGAGAGGCAAACCUCUCGCGAUGUCUCAGCAGGCGAUGGCAUUGCUUUGCUCCCGGAGACGGCGGAUGAGGGUUUGAGCGUGCAGGGUGGCGCCUUGCCUGACCUGAAGAAUCUUCGUGACCUGGAUAGUCUCCUCUGCGAGGAUGACCCGGCGUGUGCGGAGUCUUCGACAUCCUAUUUUGUUCGUCAAGCCCCCGAUGCUGAUGUGCUGAGCGUGCGGACUUACGAUCUGAGCAUUACCUACGACAAGUACUUUCAAACGCCGCGGCUUUGGCUGUUUGGAUAUAAUGAGAGCGGUACCCCGCUAACCCCCGCGGAGAUAUUCGAAGAUAUUUUAACAGAUUAUGCAGCAAAGACCGUCACUGUUGACCCUCACCCCUGUACUGGGGUCCCCACAGCAUCUAUUCAUCCUUGCAAGCAUGCUCAAGUGAUGAAGAAGGUAGUGGACCACUGGCGCUCGCAAGGCGUCGAGCCCAGGCCUGACUUGGCGUUGAUAGUGCUGCUGAAGUUUAUAUCGAGUGUAGUGCCCACCAUUGACUAUGAUUUUACUAUGGAUAUAGAUAUGGGGCUCUGCGGCCCCCAAACUAACAAACCGCAACAGUAA